GGCUGCUCCGGGCUGCCCCCGCCCCGCCGAAAUCCCUCGGCAGGGCGAGCAAAAGCGCCGCCUUGACAGCCGCCGCCGCCACUGCCCCUGCCGCAGGGCGCAGAGCACAUCGUCCCCGGGCCCGGGCGCGGCGGGACAGCCACCCCCCCACCCCACCAUGCAGCAGGAAGCGGUCAGCUGCCGCAUGAGCGGCGCGGCCGGGGAGCCCGGCGCCCCGGGGGCCAUCACCCUGGAGGACCUGGACAGCAUGGCCGAGGAGCCGAGCCCCGACUCGGCUGAUCCCAGCACCGGCUGCAGCCAGGGGGACGACGCCGAGCAGGAGCGCCUGCUCAGCUACUGGCAGAGCGUGGGCAGGGGGCACCAGGUGGACGUGCCCGGGGACAUGGCAGAGCCAAUCCAGCAACUGACGAGAAAUCAACAUCAGGAGAGAGAAAGUAUCCCAUUUACACUGAUACACCGCAAAGAAAAGUUUGGGGAAGUGCUUUACGAAAAACGUCAGUAUGGAAAAGCUAAAUGGGCUUGUAUUAAAAUGCAAGAAGAACAGUAUGAACAGAGCAUAUGUCUGGGAUUCAUGAAGCUUAUGAAAUAUAUUUGUGAGCAGAACUCUUCAGGAUUGUACUUGGGGAUGACUAUACCCAUUGUGACUCUAGUGCAUACUAAUGAAACUCACUCAGAGUUAACACGUUCAGUGACAGUCGCAUACUACCUGCCUGAACUACUGCAGGAGCAGCCACCUCAGCCUUAUGAUUCUGACAUAAUUAUUGAAGAGUGGCCUCCUACUGUUGUUUAUACUAGGAGCUUCAGAGGGGUCACCAAUGAAGACUCUAUAAUGAGAGAAAUAAACUUCUUGGCAGAACUUCUGGAGAGCCCUGAGCUAUGUUUGCAGAAUAUAUUCAUUGUUGCAGGAUACACCAAUCCAGCUGCCGCAAAUCGACACAAUGAAAUAUGGUUCCUGCAAAGACCGUAG